AUCAGGCCAGUCGCUUGGGAAAAAUCUGCCAACUUUUGUGAAAUGAAAAUUAAGAACAUACAUAUUUCUUAUUAAUAUUAAACAAAUUAAAAUGGUUUCCAUGCAAUUCGUUUUGCAACCUCUUCCUGGUAAUGAUGAUCAAUUUAUUGAAAGAGUACGGGAAGUUUCGGAAAAAGUAAAUCGAUUUGGGUAUGGCACUCAUCGUAUAUUUGAGCAAUUAAAAAUUCCAGUAAGAGAAGUCGUGAUUGGACCCACCCAUAUUGGGGUGCUUCUUGAGGAUGGAAAGGCUUUUCGAGUAUCAUUUUCCAUCAACUCUGAGAAGCUUGAUUUGACAAAAUCUGAUACGAAAUGUCCCACAACUGGUAGCGGUGGAACCACCAAUACUUCAAAGGCUCCUUCAUCAUCGCGUCCCAUGGCCCGUUCCAGGGCACGCCUUUUGCGUGCAACUGGACGGUCAAGCUCAAGUGGCCAAGGAUCUGGAUCCAGAAGUACAGGUGUAAUUAUUGGAGGCAGCACAUCUAAUCGUCCUCUGGUAACUGUUCCAGCUACCUAUGUCCCAGAGGAACUAAUUUCACAAGCAGAAGUAGUUCUACAAGGCAAGAGCAGGAAUCUCAUAAUAAGAGAAUUGCAGCGCACAAAUUUAGAUGUGAACUUAGCUGUGAACAAUUUACUUUCGCGCGACGAUGAAGAAGCUGAAGAUACAGAGGAAGGUGCGGACAAUUAUGUGCCCGAAGACCUUAUAUCACUGUUGGACAAUGGUUUUAGUGCAGAUAAUAACAGCGUUAUUAUCGAUCCUUCAGAUGGACUCUUUUCAGAAGAAAUAUUCAGCAACUAUUCAAGCAUUCGAAAUUUAUUGUUCGACCGUAUACGUAGUGAACGCAGUAAUUCCAACACAAACAAUGCAGAGAAUAAUCAAUCCAACCGUUCAACGACAUCAGGAAGUUCCAUAUCUGGGAACAGUGGACUCUCAGCUCAAAUAUCUGUUAAUGCUGAUCGUGAAGCCUUCAGUCGUUGGCGCGAUCGUCAGUAUUACGGACCGCGUCGCUGGAUAAGUAAAGACGAUUAUACAUGGGAAAAGGAUGCAGAUUCUAAAAAGAAAGAACCUUCAUCAAUGUUGUCUCCAAUAUGGAUAUCCGAGGAAUUGCAACCAUGGCCUGAUAAAAAUUCGAUUCGAUUUAAAACAAUCGGAGCUUUAUUCACGGAAUUCAUAGCACUAUCUGAAAAUGGAGAUCUAUACCAAUGGCGUUGGUCCGACCCGGAGCCUUAUAAGUCAGAUGUGGACAAUAUUUAUCAUCCAAAAACCUUGACACUGAACAUUAACGAAAGGGUCGUGAAUAUUUCAGCGAAUUUUAUACGAUGUUCGGUGGUGACUGAGUCAAGUCGAGUUGCCACCUGGAUGGACGAACAACUGGGAUAUUUAGGAGCCAAGCUGGAGCAUACUUGUUGUACUUUCAAUGAGUUUAUCUCAGAUCAAAUUACAAACAUUUAUGUUUGUUCAUUGUAUACAGUAGUGAGAACAGAAAGCAACAACAUUUAUUGGUGGGGCGUUCUUCCCUUCGAUCAGCGCCGAUAUCUGUGGGACAAAUUUCGAACAAAAACAAAGAAACCGUUUAAGGUUGUUGCAGCGGAUAUUAAUGUAGGGGCGCAGGUCAUAAUGAAAAAAUGUCCUAUAUAUCAAUCUGGAUCGAUUGGCUUUACAUGUUCCAACGGUGUACCCAAAGUUGGACAACUUUUAAACUCUGUUUGGAAUUUUACUGACGUGUGUCGCAUGAAAAUUAUAAACAUUAGCACACAAUUGGCCACAGAUAAAUGUCAGGCAACUGGAAGUAACCAAAAUGCCCAAGGAACAUCAACAGAUAAGGAUGUUAUGAAGACAACUGUCAUGCAAAGCACAAGCAAUAGUAAAAAUAGUCAAAUCAGUUCAUCAAGCAAGGAAUCAACUGAUAGGAUCGACAUGCCUCCACCACCAUCACCGGCAUCUAGCACUUGCAGUGAUACUGGAAGUGUUACAUCACACAAACGCACCAAGAGAAUGACUGCAAAAGAGGACUCUCACAGCAAUCAAGAGAGCAGAAAAGACGAAGAGCUGUGGCAGCUGAAAGACGUUGUUUUCGUGGAAGAUAAGGUCGGCCCGAUCGGAAAAGUUCUUAAAGUCGAUGGCGACUUUGUAGCCGUUCGGUUUCCAGCAUUGAAUACAGCCUCUAAUGCAGCAUCAACAUCCAAAGACGAAUGCAAAGACGACGACUGGCAACAAUGCCGUCUUCUUCGGCGUGAAGAUGUUCAAGUUUUUCGAACAGUAAUGUCAACGCGGGGACCAGACUGGCUGCAAAAGCAGCCCAAAAAAAUGAAUGUUGGUGCUGAUACAGCUGGCGUUCAGUUGCUUACAAUAGCUGUUGAUAUGCGAGGUAUUCACGUAAUCAAGAAAGUACUCGGCAAAAUACAUUACAGUUUGUACAACUUGUACAACAGCAAGCAAGAGCAAAACUGCCAAUUUCCUACAGACUGCGCUUCAUUUAUUGGCGUCUCUCCUGCGAAUAUACUAAUGACUUGCAAUAACGAUUGUAGUGGAAAUAACAGUACUAUUGUGCUCAGGGAUGGCAAUGGUGCCCUGUAUCCGUUAGCAAAGGACUGUCUUGGCUCAAUAAAAGAUCCCCAGUGGUUUGAUUUACCUCCAGUAAAAUCAAUUACCAUGGCGACGAUACCACUACCCGCAAUGGUUUCUGGGUUAAACCUCAAGUCGAAGGUGUGCAUGACGGCUUUGCUUUUUGACACACAAAAACUCAUGCCGCAUAUACUACGAUGUGAUAUAAAGAAUUGUUUCGCUGCUCUAACACGACUCGAGAAGGAAGACCACACUGAUACUGCUUUAGUUGUCGAAGAGCGUUGCGAUGGGGCUCGUAACAUAUUCCACGCAUGCGUUAUUAUGUGUGCCCCAACCUCCAACAAGGAUUUGCAUUCAGAUACCCCUAGUAGUAGCUCUGAUAAAAAAACACCUUCGGCUGGGCUCUCGGUAACUCGUUCUAUUCCAUCCGCGAACGUGCCAGCAUAUGUCAGCGGUAACGCUUUUGGAGCGAAUGCGACUGCCAGUGACGGCGCAAGUUUCGCUACGAUGACAUCUGGAAUAAGCGCAUCUGCUCCCAGAGAUAAUCGUAUUAAUUUACGUGAUAUGAUGCAUCGCCUUGGAAGCACUGAUCAACCUGAGCCAACCAGUCAUCCAACGGCCGGCGGCAACGAGGACCAUGCCUAUAUUCCAUGGCCAACAGACGCGUCCUCAGCGAGCAAUCUAAGCGGGGUCCCAUCGCAAAAUAUCGCUGACGGCAUUGAAGACAUUUCCAAAGUCCAAACUCCGUCCUCUACACAGAGUUCAAUUUUAUCAAGCAUUAAACUAGGGUCUCCAAACUACACAUUUGAUCUAUCGCAACGCCGUGAGCAUGCUCUGUUGAUUCUGCAACAAAUGUGCGCCAGUCCUGCAUUGCGGCCUUACCUCUACCAGAUGCUAAGUACCAAAGAUGCGCAGGGUCAAACUGCUUUUAUGUUAUCCGUUUCAUGUCGUGCCUAUGAAGCAGGAAUUAUCAUUUUGAACACAAUACUCAUGCUUGCUGAACAAGAUGCUCACUCAAAGGAAUCUAUGAUCUUUCCCAACGGUUCUCCAGCGGACCAAUCACCAUUACAUGUUAUAUGUUACAAUGAUACAUGCUCAUUCACUUGGACUGGAGCUGAUCAUAUAAACCAAAACAUUUUCGAAUGUAAAACAUGUGGUCUGACUGGAUCAUUAUGCUGCUGUACAGAGUGCGCUCGAGUAUGCCACAAAGGCCAUGAUUGUAAACUAAAACGAACAGCACCGACAGCCUAUUGUGAUUGCUGGGAAAAAUGCAAGUGCAAGGCACUCAUCGCUGGCAAUCUCACAAAGAGAUUUGCUCUGCUUUGCAAACUAGUAUCUUGUACCGAUUUGGUCACGAAAUUCAACUCUAAAGGAGAAUCUAUUCUACUCUUUCUGAUACAGACUGUGGGUAGACAGAUAGUGGAGCAGAGACAAUACCGUUUUAAUGUAAGGGUUCGUAAUGUGGGAAAUACUGCGGGGAGCACGAAUGGAAACAACACAGUUAUAUCGAAUCGAAAGUCUUCCUCACUAGACGUAGAUAGUGAAAUGCCAGACCAUGACCUCGAACCACCGAAAUUUGCAAGAAAAGCCCUUGAACGGCUUUUAAUUGACUGGAAUGCAGUACGCUGCAUGGUAAUGAGUGGAGCUGAAAAAGCUGACGUAAAUUUGCAUAAUUCUGCUUCGGAAAGCCCUAGUCCGGACAGUUUCAACACGUUUAUGCAGACCCAGCAUGGUUCUACACUUCUGGACAAGUUUACUCACAGUUUAAUUGUAAAAUGUACUGGCGAUCAUCUUGACACUCUGCUGCUGACAUUGGUACGCGAGCUACAAAACUUUGGUGUUACCAAUCGCUGCAAGGAGGCUGAGGAGGUUUCACGACGCUUCGUUCGCUCCGUUGCUCGUGUGUUCGUAAUUUUUAAUCUAGAAAAACAACCGAAUCCAGAAAAAAGAAAGCCACACACUGCAUGCAACAAAUAUGUUCAAAGCUGUGUAAAAGUGUUUCAGACGCUACACAGAAUAUCUAUUGAAGAACUAUGUGAGGUUUCUGAAGCUCUUAUUGCUCCAGUACGCCUUGGUGUUGUGAGACCUACAGCCCCUUUUACAAUGUCAUCAUCAAAUCUUGAUGUAAGUAUAUCACACAUUUUCACUCAACGCUGCGCAUCGCUAAUAAAACAUAUUUUACAGAACUCGGAUGAUUUGUUCAGCGUAGACCCGUUAGCUCCGUCGAAUGUGGAGCCCCUUUCCGAGCAAAUAUUGGGACACGAUGCUGCAAACGAUCAAAGUGCUAGCUUUAAUAUCCAGCAAAACUACGAUGUUGUCGCAAUGGAAACGAUUCGCGAUGCUUCAGAAUCGGAAGAAACUAUAAAUCGGGAAGCAAAUUCUCAUGCUCAAGACGAUGAUUUAAUGGAAAAUCAACGAAAUGAAGAUGGUCUCCAAGAUGAUGAAAGUGAUAAUGAUUUUACCUUUAAUGAUGCUGAGACAGAAUCAGACUCCGACGACAACCAAAGCAAUCAGGAGGUACAGAGAAACGUCCCAACCGGUGCAGCCGCUGGAUCCGAAACAGAUAUUGGUGUACUAUUUUUGGAGGACGAAUCUGGAGACUCGUCUGCACAAGAGGAAGAUGGUUCAGAAGAUGGUGAAUCUGAUGAUCAUUCCGAUGAAUUUAAUUUUAACGAUCAACAACUUGAGCGCCGUAGCACCAAUUCAAAUGCACGCAAUGAUCUUGCUCCCCAGACUAUGCAAUGGGCAAUCCGAAGCCGUGACACUGCCCGGUCGUCCGUACGCGUACCAACCAGCUCCAAUUUAGUUUUCAUUGACCCGAUGGCUUUAAGACGCUCUACAGUACCAGCUACGACCGCGGUUACGACACCAUCCGCAGAGUCUCAUACCAUGGCGACAACUGCUAGCAAUUUAGCACGAGCAUUUGGAAUUACAAUAAGACAGAUUUCUGAACUUAUAAGUAUUUUAUCUUACAAUAUGGUAAAUAAUAUAGAAACAGCAUUGAAAAUUCAAUGCGAGGAAGCAGUUGCGGUCCAGGCAUUUGUUGAAAAGCGAUUAAAGUCUACAUGGGACUGGAUGUUUACAGUGAUGGACGGAACGGAGGCACAGCUAAAGUUUGGUGCUUAUUUGACCAACUACACUGAUCCCAAUCAUCCUCUGCAUCCGCUUAACCUUAGUGGACAAUCGACAAAUAAUCAAACACCUGCUCCUGCCACUUCUACAUCCAUCGGUGUUAAUGUGCUGGGAUCUAACUCGCGUCGAGACUUCUUUACAUAUUGCCUGUCACUGAUGCGUGCACACACCUCCGAGCAUAGAGAUGCCCUUCCAGUAUUGGAUAUAACUGCUCUUCGACAUAUUGCAUACGUGCUCGACGCGUUUGUUUACUACAUGCGUAAUGAUACAGGAUUUUAUGAUAAGCAGGAAAAUAUCUCUGGACGUAUAAACAAUUUGUCACCAAUGUCGGAAAAUUAUGACACGGACGAUGAAUUAACGAACUUAGAAGACUUUAGUAGUGACGCACAGCCGUCUACAAGCACACUGUCGUCAAGUAAUCUCGGCACACGCAAAAAUGCCUUUUUCACUAGAUCUGAGUCUACCCUGAGCUUAGGCUGCUCGGCACCAGAUGGCUUUGAAUUACCACUUGAUAUGGCAAUGCCCCUAGCCGAUAAACCUCAUUUGCUGCAGCCUAAUUCAAAAAGACAGGAGCUUUUCGCCAAUCUACCGCUGCUUGCAGUUACAAGUGCUAAUGCUACUAUCGAUGACCCUCCUACCAGGCUCGGAUUUUCUAAUUCCUUAAAAACGGAUGGGACUAAUUUAGAUACCAUCCCAUCCCAACAAUCUGUGGAAAUAACUAAAAACCCAGUGACUGGCAUCUCAGGUGAUGAAAAUAUGACAUAUAAGGCUGAUGAAACUGCAGAAACCAACAUUUACUUGCAAUUAAAGAAAAAGCAAUGUUCCGAAGAUUCAAAAUCCCGUAAGGACGUUGAUGGAAAUCAAAGCUGCCAAUUCGAUAGGGUGGUAUCCAUGGAUACAGAUGAGUUGGAAAAUCUAAGCAGUGGUCCAAGCACAUCAAAAACGACAGAUGCGUUGAUGGCUACAAGACCAGAAGUAAUAAUAGCCCCAAACAAAGCAUCAUUAACGUCGUCAGCCGAUCACUGUAGCGUUAUAGUACUCGCCGGAGGUUCUUGUUUAAAAACGGUUGACUCAGAGCCUAACAGUUCAAGUUCAAGUUCCAUUUUAUUGACUUCGGAAAAAACCAAAUGUGAUACACAUCAGCAAAAAACACCACCGCUUACGUUGGUGUUUCCCAUUCGAGGUUCUUUGUUUUACAAAAAUGCAUUUUCGGAACUGCCGUCUUGGAACUUUUUGUUGAGCCGCUGGAAGCUAACACUUGAAAUCUUUGGCCGUGUAUUCAUGGAUGAUGUUGGAAUGGAGCAUGGGUCUGUAUUGCCAGAAUUGAGAGGUUUUCCUGUUAAGGAGAUGCGGUUCCGCCGACACAUGGAAAAACUGCGAAAUGGUCAACAGCGUGACCUAGUGUUUUGUAAACUCGAACGAAACCGAGAUACCUUAAUUGUUCAAACUUUUAAAGAACUCAAUACCCAAUUUGGGAAUCAGAACCGGCGAUCUCAGCCUCCCAUUGCAUUCAAUAGAGUAAAAGUAACAUUUAAAGAUGAACCUGGUGAGGGAUCUGGGGUAGCUCGCAGUUUCUAUACUUCCAUCGCUGAAGCAUUGCUUGCCAAUUCAAAAAUGCCUAGUCUUGAAUCUAUACAAGUGGGGAGCUCGCAUAGUAAAUACGGAGUGCCAUUUUCGAGUAUACUGAGAAGUAGAACCGUCUCCGGAUCCAGUCGCGAUCAGCCCACAUUACAAAGACGUGGUACAAGUAGCAAAAUUCUAUGGCGAACAGCUCGAGAUCGAAAGGUUUUAAAUGUAGAUGCCAGACCGUACACCCCCUCAAACAGUACAGAUAAUACCAUGGCGGAGAGCGCCAAUGAACAUUUGUCGGUUCAUUUGCAACAACUUGGAGAACGUUUAUACCCUAAGAUCAAUUCAAUAAACUCAGCACAUGCACCGAAGAUAACAGGAAUGCUCCUCGAGAUACCAACCCCCCAACUUCUAUCUGUACUUUCCUCAGAUGAUACACUGCGUCAAAAAGUUAAUGAAGCCAUAGAAAUUAUAACUUUUAAGCAAAAAUCGGAAGCAUGCUCUCAAAAUAAUCAGCAAAAAAAAUCUGCAUCAGUAGUGCUGGUCGAACCGGCAGAUGACGACAAUGAUCCAUUAUUUUACUCUCCGGGUAAGCGAGGAUUUUAUACACCACGUCAGGGCUUCGCGACCUUUGAACGAAUUAAUGCAUUUAGAAAUAUUGGAAGACUAAUUGGGCUUUGUCUGUUGCAAAAUGAAUUGCUUCCACUGUUCUUACAACGGCACGUGUUAAAGUAUAUACUUGGUCGUAAAAUUAAGUUCCACGACUUGGCGUUUUUCGAUCCAGCAUUGUAUGAAUCUUUCCGGCAAAUAAUUCAAAAUGCCCAAACAAAAGAGGGUGAAGAAACCAUUCAUCGAAUGGAACUAUGUUUUGUAAUUGAUUUAAUGAAGGAGGAAGGCUGUGGCAAUACUGAGUUAAUUCCUGGAGGUCGUGAAGUACCAGUAACUUCAAACAACAUAUUCGAUUAUAUAAGACGUUAUACCGAAUAUAGACUGAUUAAAUCACAGGAAAAGGCACUUGAGGCAUUAAAAGACGGGGUUUUUGACGUUCUGCCUGACAACAGUAUGAACAGUUUAACCGCAGAAGAUUUGCGUUUGCUCUUAAAUGGGGUCGGGGAUAUAAACGUUUCAACAUUGAUUUCAUACACUACGUUCAACGAUGAGUCUAGCGAAGGCCCAGACAAACUUCUAAAGUUUAAAAGAUGGUUUUGGAGCAUUGUUGAAAAAAUGAACAUAUUGGAACGCCAAGAUUUGGUGUAUUUCUGGACAGGCUCGCCAGCCUUACCUGCUUCGGAGGAGGGCUUUCAACCUUUGCCAUCUGUUACUAUAAGACCUGCGGAUGACUCUCAUCUUCCCACAGCAAAUACGUGUAUAUCUCGACUGUAUAUCCCUUUGUACUCUAGUAAAUCCAUAUUACGCACUAAAAUGCUGAUGGCCAUCAAAUCCAAAAAUUUUGGAUUUGUAUAGGCCAUAGAGCUUCUCUGUGUAUAAGUUAUACUUUUUUCCUUAAUUCUAUAUAAGAUAUUGUUUUUGUGUUACAACAGCUUUCAGCACUUAACCAUACCAUUCCCAUACUUUGAUUAUAUGUAAAUUGCAUCAAGUUUGAUCAUUUUUCUUAAAUAGAUCAUCUUUCCUUAAAAUUAUUGAAAGCGAGUGCCGAAAUCAUUACAGACUUGUUUAAAAAAACUGGUUAGUAAAUAUAUGAAAAAUCAAAACUGAUAAAAUGCAACCAAGAAAACAGGCAAUUAGGUAUUAGAAAACCUAUGUUUUUAAAUUUGAACUUUAAAAUAAAGUAUGUUUUCUUACGCAAAUGUA